UGUUCUGCGCGUUACACAAGCUGUUUCGUAAAUUGAAUAUACCCGAGUUGUGUAAGGUAAAAGAUCUCUGCCAAAUGAUGUAACACGGGGCUGGAUACUUAUAUGCACUGAAGCGAAAUCAGCCCAGUUGCAUCUUUACACUCACCUUGAUAAGGUUGCAGUGAUGUGGCGUUCAGGCUUGCUGAUUUUCUUGGUUACACUGUGGCGUCAGUCCCAUGCCCAGGGCACUGAUCCCGUGUUUCAGGUUAUAACACAGACAAUCCUUCCUCCAGACCCUUUGCACAAUCCCACACAACUCAACUAUGGGAUGGCUGUGACAGAUGUGGAUGGUGACGGUGACCUAGAAGUGGUGGUGGCAGGGUACAACGGGCCAAACUUGGUGUUGAAGUACAGCAGCACUCAAAAGAGGCUGGAAAACAUCGCCAUUGAUGACAUUAACUCCCCGUUCUAUGCACUGAGGGACACAGCAGGAAAUGCUAUUGGAGUGACCGCCUGCGAUGUUGACGGGGAUGGACGUGAGGAGAUCUACUUCCUCAAUACUAAUAAUGCCUAUUCUGGACGUGCAACUUAUUCGGACAAGCUCUUCAAGUUUCGUAAUGGUCGCUUUGAGGAUCUGCUCAGUGACGAGGUCAAUGCCAAUGUUGCUAAUCGUAUGGCUGGACGUUCGGUUGCAUGUGUCGACAGGAAGGGAACUGGACGCUACUCAAUCUACGUGGCCAACUAUGCCAGUGGAAAUGUCGGGCCCCACGCUCUCCUAGAAAUGGACGAGACUGCCAGCGAUGUGACCCAGGGCGUCGUCGCUCUGUCUGAUGUGGCUGCCACCGCGGGGGUGAACAAGUUUACAGGUGGUCGUGGUGUGGUCGUUGGACCGAUCCUGAGCCAGUACAACUCGGAUGUGUUCUGUGACAAUGAGAACGGACCAAACUUCCUGUUCAAGAACAAAGGAGAUGGGACUUUUACUGACAUGGCUGCACAGGCAGGUGUGGAGGACCGAUACCAGCACGGCAGAGGUGUAGCUCUGGCUGACUUCAACGGAGACGGAAAGACAGACAUUGUCUACGGCAACUGGAACGGCCCACACAGACUUUACCUGCAGACGGACAACUCCCAGUUCAGGAAUAUCGCUACUGGAGGAUUUGCCAGCGCUUCACCUAUUCGUACGGUCAUCGCUGCCGACUUUGAUAAUGACAAGGAGCUGGACGUGUUCUUCAACAAUAUUGCAUACAGAGGAAAUGCUCCUAACAGGAUAUUCAGGGUGUCAAGGAGAGCGAAUGCAGACCCUCUGAUCCAGGAGCUUAAUGUGGGAGACGCUGCAGAGCCACAGGGGAGAGGGACAGGUGGCACUGUCACAGACUUGGAUGGGGACGGACAGCUGGAUCUGCUGCUGGCACACGGAGAGAGCGCUCAGCAGCCAAUCUCUGUCUUCAAGGUCACGCAGGGCUCGUCCAAUAACUGGCUGCGCGUCAUUCCUCGCACCCAGUUCGGUUCUUUUGCCCGGGGGGCUAAGGUGACAGCCUUCACCAAUAAGAGCGGAGCUCACACACGCAUCAUUGACGGGGGCUCAGGGUACCUGUGUGAGAUGGAGCCUGUCGCCCACUUCGGCUUGGGAAGUGACGAGGUGAAGGUGUUGGAGGUGUCCUGGCCAGACGGCACCACCUUCACCCGAGCUCUUCAGGCUGGUGAAAUGAACUCUGUGGUGGAAGUGGUCUACCCAAAACCAGGGGAAGUGUCUGUGCUUGCCAAUGACACACAGUGUGGCAACGGCUUUACUGUGAAGAAUGGUCGCUGUGCAGCUCCAUUCUUUGCAAGCUUUCGCUCGACGGCCUCCGCGAUUGAAGCCUCCUAUUUUAAGACACUUUUUCUGCAGUGUGUCUUGGUGCUAUCUGCUGUGACAGAUCCGAGGUGAGAGUAGUCUUCAGGCUGACGGCAAUGCGGUGAGACAAGUCUCAGCCAGCACUUGCACGGCCGGGACAAACAUCUGUUAAAAUGACAUGCUGUGCUAUGCAGCGACAGUGUGUCUGUUUGAUUUGUCUACUCCGUUUGAUCAUGUGGACGUCCCUGCAGCCGGGACGCCUCCCGUUUGUUUUGAUAAGCUGGUUGCAUGCUGAAAUCCCUGGCUGAUUUAAAUGAGACUGAAAAACUGCAAUCAGUAUCUGUUACCUUGCUGCAGGGUCAUUUAAGCAGUGAGGCAUGCAUGCAAACAUUUAAGGGGGUCUGAAAGCCGCACAGCAUCGAAGCAACGCAUGGAAUGAGUUUAAAUCCUCGUGUAUAUGACUAUGUCCUUUUGUCAAUUGACAUAGUUGCCAGACAUCAUGUCUAUUUACUCAUUAAGCAGCUACAGAGCAACAUAAUUCAUUUGUUUCUUUGCAAAUUGACAAAGGUGAUCAAACAUGACUGACUGACAUGACUGAACCACUAGACCAGUCAAUUAUUUAUUGAGAGUUUAUCACAAGAAAUUGUCUUUAUAUCUAAUGCAUUCUUUUUUUUUAUGAUGUGUUAAAUGCAACAUUUUAAUAAUGUCUGCAUUCCGUUUAGCUGCUGCUACACUGAAUGGCUUAGCGACACGUCCAAAUGCAACAAUGCCAAGUGAGGCUAUGAAAUAAGUGUUUAUAUCUCUAAGCUGGAGUUGAAAACCAAUAAUCGUAGAGAGGGACGACACGCGGUCAAAUGUAAAUGUGAGGAUGAUGACACACCUUCUCAGUCUGUCUCCUGGAAGGCUUUCAUGGUGUCGUACUUAAUUGUAUACAUGAAUAGUGAAAGAAACAGCUGCUGAACAUAAAGAAAGUGAGAAAAUAGAAACCCAGUGUGCAGACCUGGGAAAUGAUUUCCAACUCCGAUUCAGCGCACUGGUCUUCUUCCAUCUGUGGUAAGUCUAAGUUGCUGCCAUGAAUGAUAUUAUUAUAUACACAAUGAUAUGUAACAACAGGCACAUGAGGUCUGUGAUGAAACUGUUUAUUUGACACCAGUCAUAUGUACUUCAUUACCGUGUGUAUCAAACAACAAGCAGUACGAAAAUUAGUUCUUGCACAAAAUGUCACCAAAAUAAAAGACACAUUCACAUUUGUGA